AUUCAUUUGGUACCAUAUAUGAAGACGUAACGACCGAUGUACUUGGUCUCAUGGGAACUUGGCAGUGGCUUGUGACGAUGUUACUGACCGUGCUAAUGAUGCCCGCAAUGUUAAACCAAUAUGAAGAUAUGUUUCUAUUGAAACCGAAUAAUAUAAAAUGUAUAUUACCAGAGAUCCAUAAUAUCGCCAACUCAAGUUUGUGUUCUUUCACGAUUUUAAAUAACAUCACCGAAGAGGUUAAAUGUAACAAAUGGCGUACAAAACUUUUAGGCAUAAUUUGGCGUAACAAAUCGUGGCUAAUAUUCUGCGAUGACAAAUUUAAAUUACUGUCAACGACAAUAAUUUGCCGAUUGGGUUUUGUUUUUGGCUGCAUUAUAUUCGGAUUGAUUUCCGACAGCUUUGGAAGAAAAAGAGUAAUAGCCAUAAACGUUGUUGCUGAAUCAAUUUUCGGAUUAAUUUUGACGUUUUGUGACUCCGAGGCUUGGUUUCACCUUUUAAUAUUUUUAAGAUCUCUAUUCGCAAGUGGUUAUUUCUACACAGGAAUUGUACUUAUUUCUGAAAUAGCAAGCAACAGUUGGCGAACUUAUCUGAUCACGAUUGUUACUCUUCCGAGGGUGUUCGCAAUCGCAUACAUCGUGCCCUUGGCCAACAGUUUCCCAAAUUUGGAAACAUUUAACUUCAUGGCUUGCGUAUUCUGCCUUGUGUGUAUCGCUUUUCUAAGAUGGCUACCGGAAUCACCCCAAUGGCUUUUAUACAGUCGAAAAAUAUAUUUAGCUGAAAAAAUUCUAUUCAAAGCAGCUUUGAAGAAUAAAAUAAAACUAUGCAGCGAUUUUAAAAUAAGACCUGUAAACCACAAAGCCUACAACUGCCUAGAUGAAAACAGAACCUGCAUAAGCAUAUUCUACACUUACAAUUCAAGAAUAAUUGUGAUAUUUUCAUUAAUAUUUUGGACCCUGUACAACUUUUUGUGGAGUUUUUUGUACGUAAAGACGUGUAGUGAUGGCCAAAUGGUAUACAUGGACGUGUUGGUUUUCUUUGGUAUUCUAGAAUGUAUUACCCUAUUGCUUUUGAAGAGGUUUAAGUUAAAACAUCUUUUGUUGAUAAACGUUACAAUUAUGGGAACUUUGACCACUUGCAUUCUUAUUAUUAACCGGUUACAAAUAAAGGAUACAAAUUUUGGUUUCGUAUAUUCCGCUGCACUGAGCACAGGCAUGAUGGGACACGCUAUACUUCUUAAUAUUACGUCACGUCUUUUUGCCAUCAAUGUCAGAGCAACAAUCUUCGGUUGCUGUCACUCUUUUGGUCAACUGGGCACUAUAAUCUGUUACUUGCUGUACCUACUAAAUUAUGAUGACCAUAAAUCACUAAUAUUCGUUCAAAUCGGAACAACUUUUAUAUUAACAGCACUAUGCUAUGUGAUUCCUGAUGUUGAUGGAAGAGAACUUCCUGAUAUUGUUGAAGAUAUGGACUACUUUUCUGAAUUAUCCAAACCUCUACGCUGGGUGACACAAAAGACGAACUCACCUUCGCAAGAGGAGGUGGAAAUGAGAAUAUAUUCAUUUGGCAGUACAGUCAGAAAUUUAUCAGUCAACAGUCAUUCAGCAGAAAGAAUACCAGCACGAGCCAUCGGUUUCAAGAAUUUAUGGCAAUCUCUUGUUUCGUCCAUACGGCACGAAUUGCGGUGAAAAAACUGACAGGCGUUUCAUUAAAAUGUUU